CGACAUGGUCGCUCAGAAAGAAGACGUCGCGGCGAUGCUCUAUGAGUGUAUCAAGAAGAUGACGCACCUGGAGGUCCUCAUCUUUGACGCCAACCUGGACGCCUUGCUAGAUUGUCAUCCCAGAUAUGCCGUGGCGUUUUCCGACCUCCGCACGAUCAAACGCCUGAAGGUCGCCGCUGGAGGACCCGGCUGCUUUGCGAUGUUGAAGAACAUGCGUUCUCAGCUCGUGAGCGUCGAGCUGCAGAUGUGGCACGCCACCACCACUCGGGACCUUACGCUGGAGCAGGACCUCAAUCCCGUCACGCUGCUGGAACACUCGAGCGGGACCUUGGAGCGUCUCGAGUGCGAACGCUGGUAUCCUAUCCAAUUCCACUCUGGGAACCCGCACUAUCCAGCUAUGCGACGUCUUACGCUCGACAACGAAAACGUCCCCAGCCGUGCUGCGCUAGUCCAGGCUUACCCAAACCUCACACACCUCUAUUUCCACUGGGUCGACUUCGAAAUCCCCGUAGACGAAGACAGCUGGGAAGUGAUGCUGUCCGAGGCGUUCGAGGCAAACUCCGCUACACCUUUUAGCCUGAGCUGGACGGAGCUGGAGGAGGUCAGAGGCACCACGGGAAUCAUUUGGGCCCUCGCCCUCCGUUGCAGAGUCCGUAGACUCGAUCUCAGCACCGUACGCAACCACGGCGACCGCGUGAUGCUGUCCUCGCUUCUUAGGCGCACGCAUCCUACCCAUCUCGGCCUCGCCACAGCCGGCGCGUUCUUCGACGAGGAGAUUCAAGACUCCAUGCAGGAGAUCUUCUCGCAAGAGGGGGCCUCGGGGUUGCGAAGCCUGGACCUCUGGCUCGAUUUUGACCCGGACGAUCUGUUGGACAUUCCCGAAUACAUGGAGUAUAUGCAGUACACCGUGACGCAGCUUCAGUUAGAGGAGCUCUCCCUUCACAUCUCAGGCAGGCACUUCGCUGAGUACGACCAACACGAUCCCAACAUCGUGCGCCCCUCUGGCGCGUCAGGAGUGUACUUGCGGGAUUUGGACCUUCGUGCCCUGGCCAACGCGUUCAUGGACGGAAUGCAUACUCUGAAGAAAAUGAGGGCGAACGUUAGUAGUACCGUUCGCAUAGAAAUCCCGGUUGAACUCAACGACAUCCUGAUAACACGAACGAGCGCGGAAGCAGAGCGGCGUGUCGUAAUGGGAAAAAAGGACCGUGGUUCGUGACGCCGGUGUUAAGGCGCGAUGCAGAUCGACUUCCGAAUUGGCACGCACUGGCGGCCGUUUGUACGAACCUAGUGUAGCAUUACGAACACGUAGUGAGCAUAUUCUGUGAUUUGCAUGCAGUGACGUCUGGGUGUGGGCCCGGUUCAGACUCGAUUUUCAGCUAGUGUUUGUAGCACACUCUUUUCAGCAUCUUGA